GGAAUGCCAUAAAAGAGUUAGUUACCUGUACUUCUUACUCCGCCCUCAUGAAUCUCUUCAAAUCCGUUUUCUUAGACGAACCGGAUCCUCCCCGACCCGAAUCCGGAUCCAACAAUGCGCCGCGAGACAAAGACCCGGAUCCAGAUUCCCCGCCCCGAUCCACCACCACCGAUUCCGCCGCCGCAGACGGUUGGAACUUCGGCGGCCUCUUCAAAACCCUCUCGGCCAAAUCGGAAUCCAUAAUCGAGACCUACCGUCGCGAUCUGCAGGAAUUCGGCACCGGUUUGAAGAAAGAGAUUGAGGUCGCGCAGGGUUCUCUCGGCACCGUGGGCCACGUCAUCGACGAGUUCGGAAACACCGUCGUCAAGGGAACGGCUCAGAUCAUAUCUCAAGGUAAGGACGCCAUCCUCGCCGUUGAUCUCGAUUCCGAUUCCGAUAACAAUAGCGCCAAUAGGAAGAGCUUCGAUUCAAAUUCGGUGCGGUAUAGUAGGUUCGACGCUCAGGUUCGUGCCAUUCAGGGUGACGUUAACACUUACUCCGAGGAGCCAGAGGAUUUGAAUGAGUUCAACGAGUGGAAAUUAGGGUUUUCCUUGGAGGGGAAGAGUGAGGAAAUGGAGGGAUUUUUAAGAGAGAAUGAUGUUAUGGAGAGUGUUUACAAAAAGGUUGUUCCGAAUAGUGUGGAUCACGAGACUUUCUGGUGUAGGUAUUAUUAUAAGGUUUAUAGGCUCCAGAAAGCUGAAGAUGUUAGGGCUAGGCUUGUGAGUGGAAUUUCUGGGGAUGAGGAUUUGAGUUGGGAAAUUGAAGAUGAUGAUGAUGGUGAGAAUGUAGGUGAAGCUAAACCUGUGGUUGUGAAUAAAGAGGUUGGUGGUGGUGAAAAUGUGGAUACCAAGUUACAUGUUGGAAGCAAUGAGGGGGGAACAAAGAAAUUGGAUGUGGAAGAGGAGUCAAAAGUAGAAAAGAGAGAGAAUUUAUUGCAAAGUGAGGAAGUUGGCAACAACAUGGAUAAGUCUGUUGAGGAAUCUGGAUUUGUUGGUGAGACGGGUGGUGGAAGUAGGGAAAUUAGUGAAGAGGCAGGAGUUGCUGAGGCAUCAAAGUCAAAAGUGGAUGAUGCUGUAGGCAAGAAUGAUUCUACAGCUGAAUCUGAUGAGAAGGUGGUAAAGGAAAAGGAGGGUGGUGAUGAGAAAUCUUCCGGUAAGAAUAAUGAGAAUAAUGAGUCUUCGGCUUCAGCGGUUGAAAUUCAGCACUCAGCGAAUGAGGAAGAGGAGGACCUUGGGUGGGAUGAUAUUGAAGAUCUUAGCAUGAUUGAUGAAAAGAAAGCAACAACACAUAGUGGUAGCACAAGCAAAGUUGAUUUGCGGAAGCGGCUUAGUGCUGCGGAAGAGGAGGAAGACUUGAGUUGGGACAUUGAAGAUGAUGAUGAACCUGCUAAGGCUUGAUAUAUUUGAUGCAUUCUGUUAUGAUUUCUCAAUGGAAGUGUAUGGUGUGUAAGUGUCAUUUUGACAUAAAGAAAUUUGUGACUGUUUUUAUACUAUUAGAAACUGGGAUAGAAGUAGUAUUGCUAUCUGUUCUGUCCCUAAAAUGCAUGAAAUGUAACUGUUUCUAUGUUAUAGUCUCCUAUUAUGUUCCUUAUUUUGGUUAUUCAUCAACAUAUCCUUUAUCAGACAAAACACACUUAUUA